AUGUUUGUGUCCCACAUCAUCGUAGCCCUGGUGCUGGGCAGCUUCUACUGGGGCCAGGUGCAGGGCUUCUCCCUAGGCGUGCGCAGGGCCGAGGCCUUCAACGUGCUGAUCGCGGCCCAGAUCGCCUACUUCAUCACAUGCCGCUUCCUCAAGCGCACCACACUGCACCCGCGCGUGCUCUUCGGCAACCCCAUCGCCCACCUGGCGAGCCUGACCACGGUCGGCAUCAUGGUGUUCUUCACCUAUGUGCCUGUCAUCAACACCUUCUUUAAUAUGGAGCCCUGCGUCGGCAUCCAGUGGGCGCGUAUAUGCGUGUCAUUCGUCAUCAUGUGGAUCCUGGUUGAGAUUGAGAAGGUCACCUUUGCCAGGAUAAUGCCGCCCCUCCUGCGCCCCGUCCUCCGCUUCGUGGACGCCCACAGCCCAAGAUGGAUGCGCCUGGACUACCAGCCUUUCAGGACUCCGGGGCGGCUGUGCCUCACGCCGAAGACGGCCACGAUGGCGCCGCAACGCAAGGGGACGCUCGUCAAGUCCAAGGCGCAGGUGUCGCCCGAGCUGCAGGCGGCGGCCGAAGCGGCUACGAGUGGCGAUGGGGGCGGCGGCGGAGCGGCGCGGCUGCCCGCGGGCGCGGGCGCCAAUGGGGAUGCGCAGCAGGGGACGCUCAUCGGUGCGGCGGUGCGCAAGAGCUGCAGAGCGCUCCCGCCCAGCAGGCGCCGUGCGAUGGCGGCCGCGGCGAGCGGGGAUGUGCCGGCGGUGGUGUCGCCCCAGUGGCUGUCUGAGCGCCUGGGGCGGCCUGAUGUGAGGGUUCUUGACGCCAGCUGGUACAUGCCUGCCAUGGGCCGUGACAGGAUAGCAGAGUUCAAGGCCGAGCGAAUUCCAGGCGCCCGGUUCUGGGACGUGGACGGCGUCGCCGAUGCAAACACAGACCUGCCGCACAUGCUUCCGUCAGAGGCGGCCUUUGGCGCCGCGGCUGACGCCCUGGGCGUGACUAAUGGGGACACCGUGGUGGUGUACGACUGCCUGGGCCUGUUCAGCUCCCCGCGGGCCUGGUGGACCUGGAAGGUCUUCGGCCAUGACAAGGUGGCGGUGCUCGAGGGCGGCCUGCCGGCCUGGAAGGCGGCCGGGUUCGACACAGAGGUGGAGCCCGUCACCGACGACAGCCUGCAGGCGUCCCUCAGGGCGGCGCGGGGCGAGGCGGGGACGGAUGCGGGGGCAGCGGGGUACAAGGCGUCGCUGCAGCAAGACAAGGUGCGCUCCAUCAGUCAGAUGCGCGACCUGGUCGACGCGAUCGCCACUGGCGCCGUCGCCGGCUGGGAAUCCGCCGGGGAGCAGCUAGUGGACGCGCGCCCCGCGGGGCGCUUCAGGGGCGCCGACCCCGAGCCACGACCGGGGCUGAGGGGCGGCCACAUGCCGGGCGCCAGGAGCCUGCCGUUCCCUCAGGUGUAUGUGGACGGCCAGCUGGGCGCCGCGCGCUUCAAGUCCCCCGAGCAGCUUCUUGCCGCCUUCUCCGCCGCCGGCGUCGACCCCCAGCGGCCGGCCGUGUUCACCUGCGGCAGCGGCCUCACCGCGUGCGUGCUGGCGCUCGCGCUGCAGCAGGCGAGGGGCGGCGGGCCGCUGCCGCCGGUGUACGACGGCUCCUGGUGCGAGUGGGGGGCGCUGGAGGACACGCCCAUCGUCACCGGGGCUUGA